UUUUGUACAACACGACACAAACACAAAACACAAACAACCACAAAGAGGAUAUGGGAUUAUGUCCAGUUCGAAUCUAUUCAAUCUACUAGGUAAGUGCAAUUGGAUCAAUUCAUCCAGCUCUAUUUGUUAACACAGAAAGUGAAACUUGAGUCUAGUAAAAUCAAAGAUAGAAAUGACGCCCUCACAAGUCUUGAAGAAUUGGUUGAAUCAAAUCACAGCUUCUCUAAUAAGGAUCUAAGCUCAGUAUGUGAGGCCCUCUUUGCCUUUAUUGAGAAUGAGAAGGUUGCUUAUUCAAAAAACCAGGCUGUCGCUGCUGAAUCAAGGUUACAAUCUUCAAGUUAUAUGUUGAGAAGGUUGGUUGUUCAACAUGCUAAGCAGAUGAAGUUCAAACUGGUGAAACAAUUGUUAAAUUUUUGCAAAGAAAUCAUAUUUGGUUAUGAAAAUGAAAUUGUGAAACCAUUGGCAUUGGACAUUUCAAAAAUCUUAAAUAUACUUGUUUCAAUUGAUCAACACCGUGAUCAUAUCUCAAGUGAAGAUUGGGUGAGGCAAAUGGAUGCUAUUUUGAAGGUUCUAAACGAACAGAUCAAGCAUAAUAUGACUGAAAAGUUUGUCUCUGAGUUAUUGGGUGCUUUGAAGGUGCUGGUUGUAAAUCCACUAAUUGCAAUUGAAGAUUUAGGAUUUGACCUUUCUGAUUUUUUAGUGAAGUACUUCAAAACAAUGAAAAAAGAAAGCUCGUUAACCUCUGUUGUAUUGGACAUCACCAACAAUUUGAUUAUUACACUAAGUACAAGCAAAGUGAGGUAUUCUAUCAAGUUAGUGAAAUCCGUGCUCAAAAUUGCUGGCUCUUUGGUUAAUACUAAUUAUGAGGCACUGAGGGAACAAAUUUUGAUAUUUGGACUACUUUCUAGUGACUUUAUAUGUGAAAACCUACCAAAGCUAAUUGAAGUUGAAAGUUCACAAGGUCCGUCGUUUGAUGAUGAUGACGGUUUGAGGGAUGAUUUGAUAUUUUGGAUAGAUCAAUGGAUUCAACAUGUUUUAAGAACUCCCACUGACAUACUAAGUUUGCAACAUAUUGAAUUUCUCAACUCAAAAACUGAGAACUCGUGGUUUAAUUUUGGUCCAAUUAGACUUGAAAACUCAUCUCCUCCAAAGCCUUGGCUCUCAACUCUUGCAUUAACAAAGCUUGUCAAUUCCCUGUACUAUUUGAAAAGACCACUUGUGAAAAAUCCAGAAGGGCCUGCUAAAAGACAAAAAUUGGGAUCGGAAUCAUAUGUUACUACUAUUGACACAUCAGAGAGUCCUUUUCAGUUGUUUCACCGCUUCAUCCAAAGUACAGAUGUAUCAAUGCAAAAGCUUGGACUACAACUGCUAACAUUUUAUGUUUACAAUUACAAACCUGUUUUAACUGCGGUCGUGUUUGAUGAAAUAAAAAGCUAUCAUGAUAAGCCGGAAUUGGCUGGGUUCACUUCCUUAUUGACAAAAGCUUUAAUUGAAGCUGGUUGGGAGCUAGAUAAUACAGAGCUUUCACAGCUCUUAAGAAUCAACCUUCAGUUAUUGAAAGAUAGAAACCUUGUAAACGUUGCAUCACAGACAAUCAUCCAGGUUUUAAACUAUCCCAAAUAUACCGUCGGUGAAAAUUCAUUGUAUUUACAAAUGCAAUCCGUCUUUGAAAUCUCAGAAAUAAACGGUCCAGCUUCAGUCACAAAUGACUCUUUGAGAUUUUGGGUAGCAUUUUCACAACAUGGAAAGGGAUUCAAGUCAGCGAAUAAGAAGGUUGGUGAUAGAAUUGUUGAUUGGCUUUUGACUAAAUGGGAUAGAGAAUCUGUGGUUGAGGUAUCUUCAUUUCCUUACUUCAUAAGUUGGUUAGCUGGUACAGAUUUCACUGCUGAGGACGAUGAAGUUAUCUAUGAAAAUAUUUUCAAUACUUUUUGUGCUAAAUGGGGUCAAAAGUCGUCUUUAGCAAAAUUCAUUCUAAGAAGUGACUCCCCUGUGCCCAUAAAUGUUUCCUCACAAAAGUUGCAAAAGCCGAAAAUCAUGAUUAAAGUUGAUAGUUUGACCCCAGUUAUUGACCAAUUGCUACUUGAUAUGGAGAGUUUCGAUGCUAAAAGUAAAGGGUAUGAACUUUUGAGACUUGUCAGAUAUGGAUUUUUAAUUUAUCAGAACAUUCAAACCUUAUCGAGGCUAGAAAGCACAGUUGAAAGACUGAAGUAUGACAUUAGGAGAUUUUUGGAAAAUUUGGAAAUAGAUAAAUUUGAUGACUAUAACGAUGCGGUUUUCCAAAUCUCUGAAUUCAAAGUUGUUAACGGAUCUGGUGCUUUUAUAUUUGAGUCUUUGGAUGCUCAAGAGAUUGCGUUCAAUGCCCUUUCAAACAAUGAAAAACUUCAUGAAAGCAUGAUUACUGGUGGUAAUGGACCUGACUCUAGUAUAAUUAUGAGUGAUUUUGGUGAUUUUGGUCAAGUUCGAAAGGAAACAAAAGAUUCUUAUUUUCAAGCUUCAACAACAUACUUGGACUUGGAACUAUACUCUACAUUUGAACAAAAGGUCUUUAAGCUUUUAAUACUCCUAAAUUCACAGUUUUCAAGCUCGAAAAAUUUGAAUACUACGCUUGAUCAGGCCCUAAGAGUGCUGGAAAAACUUGAUCAUAAUGCAUUCUCCAGUGGGCUGUUCACAUUAUUGGAGUACUUGGAAAAGGUUGAUGUUAUGAAAAUUCAGACAGUCUCCAUCAGCAAACUUUUGAGGCUACUGGGUCACAAGUUGCUAUCAUCCUAUCAGACAGAAAGGUCUCCAACAACGAUAAUAUUGGCAUCAAGACUUUUCACUGUUUUCACCAAAGCUUGGUUGCUGAAAAUCACUGAAAAAUGGGCGGUUGAUUAUUCGGAUAUGUUCAAGUGGAUAGUCAGUCUGGCUGAAAAGGGACUCAUUGCAGAAGAGGUUUCGUUGUAUUACUUCAUAGAAUCUAUUUUUGCUAAGCUUGGUUUUGAAAUGGAUUCUGCUUCAUUAGAUGUGGCUAUUAGCCUUUUUCAUAAAUGUUCAAACCUCAACAAGGUUAAGCUUUGUGAAGGAAUCAAAAAGUUCAUUGUUAUCUUACCCCCAUCGGAACAAACAAAAUGCCUCGAGGCGAUUUACUCAGGAUUCAUCAAUCCUCAGGUUCUGGAUGACAGUGCUGCUACGUACACCUAUUGUAUAGGUCAGUUGAUAACUGUCUCUUAUCCUUUAUUUAUUGGUGGUAUCUCUCAACUUUUGUUGAACUAUGGUUAUCUUCACUUUGCCCCUUAUAUUGAAAGUUUGUUUUUGGAAAUUGACCUUGAUAUUCUUCAGCAAAAGUUUAUUUUGCUAGAACUUUUGAAAUUUUGGUAUGAAAGUCGGUCAGAUUUAACCACUUUUCCUGCUCAACUAUUUGGGCUUAAGAAUCAGCUAGAGUUUUAUGAUACAUAUAAGGGUUUGAUCUACCCCAUUCUCAUUUCUCACAAAGGAACACCAUCUCAGUUGAUAUUGAAUAACGGAAUUAUGGGUAUGUCCAUUGAUGAGUCAGAUUUGCUGCUCGAAACUCUUUCGUUAUCUAUACCAUUGUCGUAUACAAAGAAUGGUAGAAGAAGUGAGUUGUUGAAAAUUAUCAAUGAGACUUAUGACUAUAGCUUGAUUGAACAUCAAACUCUGUUGAUUGUGGAGAAAUUUAUGGAAUGUUGUGACUUUUCCAAGGAGUCGGAUUUUGAGAAAUAUAUUGGUUCUAUUGAGAAAGAUCAGACACUUUCAUUGUUGUUCAACCAUUCCUCGUCAGUUGAUAAUGAAAACUCAAGCUAUUCAAGAGUUAAUAUUAGUGUCCCAUUCUCUGUUGUCAUCCAUCAAAUAACACAAAUAACAGCAUCUUCAGCUGACUUUUGGACGCCUGCUGCAGUACUUUAUCUAUCAAGAAAUGUUAUCAAAUCAUUGUCUUCUGCAAUUAGUGAAGGUGGCAGGUUUGUACUUCUGAGAAGGCUCAAGCUAAUUGUCACACUUGGUUUCCAAGGCUUCCAAAAUCAGGAUGUGGCGUUUGCAGUCAUAGAGUUUCUGUAUCCAUACAUCUCGGAUUCCUCAAUUCAUAUUGAUGUUUGCUCUAUUCUGGUGGUUCUGCUUAAGCUUUCAAAAAAAGCGGUAACAAAUACAGAGCACUACUUUGCUGUGUUGCUGAUGGUUCUUCAUGAGUCUGUUAGAUACAAAAUAAAGGGGUCCUCAUUAUUUCAUUUGCUAGAGAGCUAUUUGAUUGAGGAGAAUGCUGGUAUUGAUUUCAAGGGCAUUUGGAAAAUGUUGUUUUUGCCUUUGACUCAUAUUUUAACUCAAGAUUCAUCAUCGUUAGAAGGUUCUUUGAUCAUGGACUACGACUCUCAAGCCAACCUCGAGUAUCCACGCUCUGAAUACAUAAUAAUUCAUGAUAUUUUGAAGUAUGGGGCAAUAGAGAAAUCUCAGAAAAUGAAAAAACUCAUAUUCAAUGUUUUGUCAGACAUUUUCAAUGAAGUUCCUUUUUUGAGCGAGAUUGAUUGGAGAAUAAAAACUGCAAGAGAUGUCGCAAUUUUAUUACUUGACUUCAAAGAUGGUGAGUCUAAGGAAUUCAAUUUGUUCAAAGCGAGAUAUCUUGGAAGGCACUAUUUAUUAACGGGUGAAACCUUGUCUGAUCUUGAGAGAGAAAUCCCAGUCACUAUCGAGUAUGAUCUUGAUCUCAAAACUGAAACUUUAUUUGGCAUUUUUGAUGAGCUUCUUAAAAUUAGAAAAGCUAGUGAGGAUCUCAAGGAAAUUCAAUUGAUUGACAGUGUUUUUGGUGUUGCUUUUUUUGAGCACAAUCGUGGCGCUCUAAAGGAUUCUCCACUGGUCUCAUUUGACCAACAUUUGAAGGACCAAGUAAAGGUGCUUCCUGCUUUGGACUUGUUUACGUUUAAACUCAUCAGUGGGAACCAUCCAGCGUUUUAUAGCUGGGCGCAACUUGCAAAAGAUUCGGAGGUAGAUGUGAAGCCGACAGGUAUAUGGUGCAGAGAUGUCACCUUGGGACUUCUGGGAACAUUUGUUGACCAUUCACCUAUAAUCCCUGCUUUGAUGACUUACGUUUAUCGUUUUCCAGAAAUUUCCAAGUCACUGAUCUUUGAGGUUUUGCUCUUCUAUAUUCGCUGUGGUCGGUCUGCUGCUGAAAAAUUGGCAUUAAAUUUUAUUAAUGGAAUAAUUGAGCGUGAAGACGUGUAUCAAUUAUCAAAUGAAAAAAUUGAAAUAAUUGUGAAGAUUUGUUACUUUUUGAGGAUAAAUAGGGAUGAUAUAAAACCCUUCAAUAAUGUUUUUCGAAAUUUGAAUUUGGAAAGGCUUUUUAAGUUGGCAUGUCACAUCGGUCUCAGCAAAGUGGCAUUACUUUUUUUCGAGCUUCAUUAUACAGAUUUGUCAUCUAACAAAGCAGUUAAGUGGACUGAUGAUACGAAGACUUUGAGAAAGAUAUACAAUAACUUUGAUGAUGCAGAUCUUCUUCACGGGCUCCCAGUUGACCCAACUCUUGGUUAUGCUAUGGACUCUUUCUCUCGAGGAAAUGAUAGUGACUGGAAAAGUGUUAUUUUUAAUAGUGCUAAUCUAGACUCCUCGAUUGCGUUAAAAGAGUAUUCAAACUUUGAUGUAUCUUCUUCAAGGAAUAUGAUGUUAAGAUCAUUAGUUGGUAACAGUCUACAUGGUGUGUCAGAACUAUUGAAUGACACUAUGGAUCCCCAAAAAAGGCUGAGAAAUAGUUAUGAAUGGUGCUGGAAACUAAAUCAGUGGGAUCUACCAGUCCCUGAAUCGCCUUCAACUGAAAAUGAAGCAAUUUAUAAAGCUUUGAAAACCAUUUAUGAUAAUAAUAAGAAGGGACAAGCUAUUUGCAAUAGCUUACUUGUUGACUCGUUAGAGGUGAAUGGAAAGGUGAAAAGUUUACCGCUCUUUAAAACUUUGAGCUCAUUAUAUUCAAUUGAGAUUGUUCAAUCUUUAAAUUCUUUCACAAUAUUCGAGGAGGCUGGAAAUUUCACGGAUUGCACUGAAGCAUGGUUUCCGUUAGUAUCAUUCACAGAGAUUGAAAAUAUCAUGUUAUCAAGAAGAUCUUCAUAUGGUAUUUGUGGAUUAUCUGGAAAGAUUGGUGUUUCUGAUGGUUUAGUUGCUGAAAUAUUGGAGAUGAAAAGAUAUGGCUAUUAUGCUAGGCUUCAUGGGGAGGUACAACGAGCUACUAAUGCUUCAAUGUGGAUUGAUAAGAGAAUUCAAGUUGUGUCAGAGGAAGAUCUAAAAAGAUAUUUGACUAAAAUAUCCAAUUUCGAAUCUGCUUGUACUCUAUGGAAUCAAGGCGAGGCUGCUAUUUCCAUUGCAAUGUUGAAAGAUAACUUAUCAAAACAAUAUCCAACACCUCCGGAAAUCACCCUUGCCAGUUUGGAAAUCCAUGAUUCAGUUUUGAAUGCGCAUUUAGUUAAAUGGACUUCAGAAUCAAGACAAGAGAAAUUUGAAACAAUUAUGCAAACAUAUGUGAAGGCCUCUCUUAAAGAUAUCGAGAAGGUGUCUUCUGCUAGAGAAAAGGCUGGAGUAUAUCAUAUUCUCGGAUAUUUCUGCUAUAAGCAAACUAAAUUACCAGGUGCAGGGGAAGAAAUUGAGAGACAGGAGAUGAGACUCAAAUCUAAACAAGCUGAAUUGAAAGAUUUGAAAGUGAUUAUUCAAAACAAAUCAACACCUGCUGAUGAAAAAAAAAAUGCUAAAAGAUAUUUUCAAAGAGUUCAACUGCAAUACGAAUCUGACAAAGAGGCUUACAACAUUUUGUGUGGUAAUAAGUCCACGUGUAUUGAAAAGGCUUUAGAGUUCUUUAUGAAAGCUGCUUCAAUUGACGACUUCUAUGAUGAUGAAGACAUUGACAAAAUUUGUGCUCUAUGGUUGGAGUAUUCUGAUGAUGAUAGCAUUAAUAAGAUUACAAGGAAAGAAAUAUCAAGUAUUUCAAGUCACAAGUUUAUUCCCUGGAUAAAUCAGUUAAUGUCACGUUUGUCAGAUGAUUCAACUCCUUUCCAACAUAUCUUACUAAAUAUUUUGGUGGCUAUAUGUUUGAGGCAUCCUUUCCAUUCUUUAUAUUUUGUGAUGAACCUUCGGGUUCAUAAGCUUUAUCAAUUUGCUAGAACAGAUGCAACAAUCAAUUCAAGAAGUGCUGCUGCAGAAAAACUCUGGUUGAGUCUAACUUCACAAGGUGAAAAUUUCGCCAGAACAGUCAUGAAGCCGAUUGAUACUUUGAGUAGAAAUGCUUUAAGUUUAGCUACUGAAAAGGUUCCAAAUAAUAAUGUUAGAAAAAUGAAUCUUGAGAACUUGAAAAUUGGGGAUUUUUGGAUAAAUCAAGUUGGGGAUUUACGAAUUCCCUUGCCAACCAUAAAUCAAUUGAAAAUUUCAUUAGAUGGCAACUACUCAUCUGUCCCAAGAAUAAUUUCAGUUGACCCAGUUAUUCAAAUUUCUUCAUCUGGAAUCAGUUUACCAAAAAUAAUGAAAGUUUUUUUAACGGAUGGUUCAAGACAUAAAAUGUUAUUAAAAGGUUCUUCUGAUGAUCUAAGACAAGAUGCAAUUAUGGAGCAAGUUUUCGAAAAGGUCAACACAAUUUUGAGAAAUGACAAAGAAACAAGGAAGAGAAAUUUGAAAAUAAGAACCUAUAAAGUUGUUCCAUUGGGUCCACAGGCUGGUAUGAUUGAAUUUGUUGCGAAUUCCAUUGCCUUAAGUGAUAUCUUGAGGCCGUUGCACAGUGAAGAUUCAAUUUCCUUCAGUGAGGCUAGAGAAAUGAUGAGAGGUGCUCAAUCUUUGAAUAAUAAAGAAAGGUUGAAUGUUUACUUGAAAAUUGCAAAAGCUACACCACCGGUUUUCAGAGUGUUCUUUUAUGAUACUUUCCCAAACAUUGAUGAAUGGUAUAGGUCAAGACAAGUCUAUACUAGAGGUAUUGCUACUAAUUCCAUAGUUGGCUUUAUAUUAGGAUUAGGUGACCGUCAUUUGAAUAAUGUUUUGAUAGAUAAAAGAACAGGUGAACCAAUUCAUAUUGAUCUCGGGGUUGCGUUUGACCAAGGUAAACUGCUUCCAGUUCCUGAGCUGGUUCCAUUUAGACUAACAAGAGAUAUUGUUGAUGGUUUGGGUAUAACGGGUGUUGAAGGAAGUUUUAAAAAAGGUUCAGAACAUGUUUACAGAGUGUUGAGAUUAAAUGUUGAAAAAAUUUUGGGUAUUUUGAAUGUUUUGAAAUAUGAUCCAUUAUAUUCAUGGGCUAUAUCACCAGUUCGUAAAAAAAGAUUACAAGAGAUUGAAAAUGACAAUGUUUCAUCCAAAUCAAAUGUUGAAGAUGAUGGUUCAGAUGCUGUUAGAGCUGUUCAGGGAGUUGAAGCCAAAUUAAAUGCUAAUGGGUUGAGUGAUGAAGCCUCUGUUCAAGAAUUGAUUCAAGAAGCCACUGAUUAUAAAAACUUGGGAGUGAUCUACUUAGGAUGGACACCUUUCUAUUAAAAGUAGCUUGGUUGGUAUAUCUUAAACAAAACAAUGAUAGUAUAAUUUGACGAGCCGUCGCUAGUACGGCUAAAAGUUGAACGAUCCUGUAGCGAGUUGCUAAAUUAAUUUCAUUUAACCGGCGAGGAGGCACGUCUCGUUUUGACAGACCAAUUAAAACACCAAAAGCGAAGGACGAUAAUUUGCAAUAAUAUUAUUAUUGAGGCCAAAUAUAUGUAUUUAUAUCUAUUAUUGCGUUAACAGUGUAAGCUUAAUGGCCAGAGUUCUAGUAUUGUAAUGUAGCUUAUAAU